CCGCCCGCCCCGCGCCGUGCGAUCCCGGUCCCCGCAGCGGCCCGGAGCCCUGGAGCCGCCGCCAUGGGCCAGGCCCGCCCCGCCGCGCGCCGCCUGCACAGCCCGGACCCCGGCGCGCAGCCCGCGCCUCCCCGCCGCCGCGCCCGCGCCCUGGCGCUGCUCGGAGCCCUGCUGGCCGCCGCCGUCGCCGUCGCCGUCGCCGCUGCCCGGGCCUGCGCGCUCCUCACCGACGCCCAGGCGGCCGCGCGGCAGGAAUCGGCCCUGAAGGUCCUGGGGACAGAUGGCCUCUUUCUCUUUUCCUCGCUGGACACUGACCAGGAUAUGUACAUCAGCGCAGAGGAAUUCAAACCCAUUGCAGAGAAACUGACAGGCUCAGUUCCUGUGGCCAGCUACGAGGAAGAGGAGCUGCCCCAUGACCCCAGCGAGGAGACUCUUACCAUAGAAGCCCGGUUCCAGCCUCUGCUCACGGAGACUAUGACCAAGAGCAAAGAUGGCUUCCUAGGGGUCUCCCGCCUCGCGCUGUCAGGCCUCCGCAACUGGACCACAGCAGCCUCGCCAAGCGCAGUGUUUGCCGCCCGCCACUUCCGGCCCUUCCUGCCACCUCCAGGUCAGGAGUUGGGCCAGCCCUGGUGGAUUAUUCCUGGCGAGCUGAGCGUCUUCACGGGCUAUUUGUCCAACAACCGCUUCUACCCACCACCACCCAAGGGCAAGGAGGUCAUCAUCCACCGCCUUCUGAGUUUGUUCCACCCGCGCCCCUUCGUGAAGACCCGAUUCGCCCCUCAGGGCACCGUGGCCUGCCUGACUGCCAUCAGCGAUUCUUACUACACUGUGAUGUUCCGGAUCCACGCCGAGUUCCAGCUCAGCGAGCCUCCUGACUUCCCCUUCUGGUUCUCGCCGGGCCAGUUCACUGGCCAUAUCAUCUUAUCCAAAGAUGCCACACACAUCCGUGACUUCAGGCUGUUCGUGCCCAAUCACAGGUCCCUGAAUGUGGACAUGGAGUGGCUGUACGGGGCCAGUGAGACCAGCAAUAUGGAGGUGGACAUUGGCUACGUCCCCCAGAUGGAGCUGGAGGCUGUGGGCCCCUCGGUGCCCUCUGUGAUCCUGGAUGAGGACGGCAACAUGAUCGACAGCCGCCUGCCCUCAGGAGAACCCCUCCAGUUUGUGUUUGAGGAGAUCAAGUGGCAUCAGGAGCUGAGCUGGGAAGAAGCUGCCCGGCGCCUAGAGGUGGCCAUGUACCCCUUCAAGAAGGUCAACUACCUGCCGUUCACGGAGGCCUUUGACAGAGCCAAGGCUGAGAACAAACUUGUUCAUUCCAUCUUGCUGUGGGGGGCCCUGGAUGACCAGUCUUGCUGAGGUUCCGGGCGGACUCUCCGGGAGACCGUCCUGGAAAGCCCGCCCGUACUCACUCUUCUCAAUGAGAGCUUCAUCAGCACCUGGUCCCUGGUAAAGGAGCUGGAAGACCUGCAGGUCCAGCAGGAGAACACGCUCCACAGGCAGCUGGCAGGCCUGCACCUGGAGAAGUACAGCUUUCCUGUGGAGAUGAUGAUCUGCCUGCCCAAUGGCACUGUGGUCCACCACAUCAACGCUAACUACUUCCUGGACAUCACCUCCGUGAGGCCUGAAGACAUGGAGAAGAACAACGUCUUCAGCUUCUCCUCCACCUUCGAGGACCCGUCCACAGCGACCUACAUGCAGUUCCUGAGGGAGGGACUCCGGCGGGGCCUGCCCCUCCUCCAGCCUAGUCCUAGAGAACCUGGGCCUGGUGAACACCCGGCAGACAGAGUCCAUGCGCCUUAGAGCCACAGUGUCCUGAGUCCAUUUCAGACUGGAAGUGGUCCCCACCUCAUUCAUCUCACUCCAAGGGCUUCAAGUCCCCCAAAAAGGGGCCUGGGGAGACCUCCAUGGACUUCCCAGCCGUGAUGGAGUUGAGGACCCCGGUGUGAAUAAGGAGUGGGCUGGAUAGGUAGACGCCCCUUCUUUCUAGGCUCUCCUUUCCAGCCAAAGGAAUCAAAAGAGCUAGGCCUGGGGGACCAGCCUAUGCCUGCUUGGAGCCCUCUACGCGGGCCAUCAUCUAGGUAGCCUUCUGUGCACAGCGCCCCCAACUGGGCUCAUUGUCACCUGGAGACAGCCGCCUGGCACCUGUGCUCAGAGCCCUUUGACAGAAUGUAGACCACCUUGUCGCACUUCAGCCCAUUGACCUGACCCCGGCCCAGGCCUGUGUGGGGAGCUGAAGAUAUUCACCAUGAAGUAGGUUGCAAUAGGUUCCUGACCCCUGUCUCAUAGACAUGUGUCCCAGUCAGAGAGCGCAGUCGCGCAGUCUCUUAUACCAGCACUGUCUAGGUCAGCCCAGGGUACUGUCGGUCAACUGAUUGACCGCUGGAUGGCCACCAGUUCCCAUUGGCUACUUUUGGGGACUUGGUGAACAUCUUGAACUGCUGACCACGGCCAGUCUUUUUUUUAUGCAUACAGAAGAGUGUUUUUAUAAGAACUUUCUCACAGCUUAUAUUUUUGAAAACUCUGAAUGCUGAGGAGAAAGAAGGGGGGCAGGGGCUUCCCCCGGCAGCAGCCGCAUGAUGGCUGGGUCUGAAAUCCCAAGUGGAUCCAGCCUGAUGUCCUCGCAGCUGCACAUGGGGAACAAUCCCUUCUUCCUUCUCUUCCAACUUUUUACAAGCAGCCAUGGUUCAGUAGUUCCCAACCCUGCCCUGUGUUCCACACUCCCAAGAACCGCCUUGAACUCAGUAAGUCAGAGCCUUCGCGACAUCAGCCAGGUCCCUGUGUGCCGUUUCUUUCCCUGGCCUCACCAGGGCCUCGGGCUUCACCCAUGCAGAGGAAGGUGUGUAGACUUUCCCCGAGUCCUGUUCCCCAGCCUGCCCCUGGGGUCACCACAUGGAGCCCCCUUUACCCUCUUUGGCUCCCAAGAGCCUUGUCCCUCGGGUGCCCUGUGAAGAUCCCAUACAUUUUCUCAUAACAAACUAUGAAUUGGCAAAUCGCCCCCCAUUGGAAGACAUUGGAGUCUUAGGGAAGCAAAGUGACUUCCUCGGGUCACUCAGAGGGCCAGAGCUGUGAUCUAAACCCACAUGACUCUAAAAGCUAUGUCUGUUUUGGGGAUGCCCUGGCUCAUUUUCCCCUCUGGUGGGAAGGGAAUCCUUUUAAACCAUGUCUUCUGAUCAGACUAAACAGCAGGUGUCGAUAGCUCUGCCAGGUUCUCUGAGCAGUCCUUUGGGAAGGACUGAUUGCUGGGGCUUUCUGGGGCUUCAUCAGACGCCUCUGCGCAUCUCCAGCUGCUGUCCUAUCGCCCCUCUGCCUUUGUUUCCCCAUGCCCAGCAUGUCCUGUAAUAAAACCGGAGAGCCUAAGGUACCUUAGUGCUUUUCCUUCGAGAAGGA